UAAUUGUGCGUCAAACAUUCAGAUCCAGAAACUGGUGGCACUGAACUCGAUCCUGCUUCACGGAAUCUUUGCAGCUCAUUUGACUGGCGCUUUUCUGCUCGAACGCUUGCGGGAGUCUAUUUCAGAAUGUUGGAAGGCGAAAGUUCUCAAAUCGAAGGCAGCAUGGUGGGUCUCACGAGUACCCACGGCGUGAUACUGGCCACUAACUCGAAGGACUACGAAAUAUACCUUCUAGAUGACCGCAUUUACUGCUGCGCCCCUCAUGCCGGCAUCGAUCGGAGAAUAGUUCUGGAGGUGAGUGCCCAGGUGGAUCACCUGACCAGAGAUCGCGGCCAGAAGAUGACCGUGUCCCGGGUGCGGGACAUGUUGUGCGGCAAGUACGAGUGCGUCGAUGCCGCGGAUGUGCUGCUCGCUGGCCAGGACAGCAUGGGCCUCCACCUGUACAGUUUGCAGGAGCGUGGCGCCUCGCGCAGGGUGAUAUAUGCCGCCAAGGGCAGGGACUCGGAGGACAUUGUGUCCUUUCUCACGCACAACUGGAAGGAGUCGCUGAACCUCAACGAGGCCGAACAGCUGGCCAGGAAAUCCCUGAACUGGGAGCCCUCGGAGAUGUGCACCAUCUACCGGGCCAGGGAGAUCGAGGACCAAGAUGCCAUCAUGGACUUCGAUGCGGACGACAUGUCCUCCCAAUCGCCGAACAGCAUGUUCUAGAUCCACCCAUCUGGUUGUUAAUCGUAUCAUUUCGACUCACUUUGAUAUAAAUGAUGCUCCAAUGCCUC